AUGUCUCUCCCAAACGCACCCAAAGACGUCUCUGACAGCCCCGCCAAGGGCUCCGUCGUCGACCCCGUCGACAAGCAGAAGCAGGCUGCUGACAUCGACCGCAAACUCCGCUUCUAUGGCGUGAUCAACGCCUUCAAGGAGUCACGUAUGCCAUCCAACGAGCAGAUCGACCACACCAUGCAGUAUGUUGUCAACCACUCCCCCGUUCCCGAGAACGAGCUCUCGCCCGAGGGCAGGAAGCUCAUCGCCGAUACCCGUGACAUCAUCGAGACCGCGCGCCUCAUCGUGAAGGAGAAGAACGCGGACGAGCUUUUCCAGAACUUUAUCUGGCACACUCGUGACACCGACCUUGAUAAGGCGAAGAAGGAUCCGAACGAGGUCAUUCCCGUCGACCAGCAGAAGGCGAAAAGCGACGCACAGCAGGCUGUCGCACACCUCCGCACCCUCCUCUCGCUCAUUCUUACGAAUGCAGAGGUCCGCAAGCUCCUCAGCGACUUCUCGGUCAUUGGUCGCGACCUGUUUGCUCGUGGUGCCGCGAAGGCCGCUGAGAUGGCUCGUCCCGAUGAGGAGCGCCUGCGCACUGUGGAUGAUACUGCUCCGAACGACACCUUCCACACCGAGGAUGAGGACGGUACCGUCCGCCGCGGUGAUGAGGUCGUCGACCAGGCUCAGCAGAUGAAGGGUGAAGCCCAGGAUCGUGCUUUGGAUGAGGCCCAGAGACAGAAGGAUGACACUAUGAAUGCUGUUGGCGGUGACCCUGUCCCUGAUAACAGCGAAGAAGCAGAGGCGAAAAAGAAUGGCUUCAUGAACAAGCUCCGUAAUACCCGCGAUAAUUUCUUCGAUCGGGUUCCUCAGGAGCACAAGGAUCGUGCCAAUGAGCAAAAGGAUAGGGCGAACGAGCACUUCGACCGUACCAAACGCUUCCUCGCUGACGAAUACUUCCCCGAGGAACGCCGCGACCAGUUUAUCUUCCGCGGCAAGAAGGUCGUCGUUGAAUGCCAGAAGCACAAAGACUACCAGGAGUCUAUUCGUUGGCUCCUCGAUUUCGUCGAGGAGUACGCCGCGCAUGGACGUACCAUUGCUGGUCACGGCAAGGAUUCUCAUCAGCAGCUCACCUCCGAUAAUUCGCUUCAACAGGCCACUUCUGAGCUUCGCACGCUCCUCGAGCGGUUUGCUAAUGGAAUGAGCCUUGGCAUUAUCGGCGACGCCGUGCACGACCUCUACGAGGACGCCCAGAAGGACGACGAGCUUCGUGACUGGUUCAAGCAGUGUGAUGCAUAUAUUCGCAAGGUUCUCAUCGAACCAGGCUACGUCCUCGAGCCCGACUGCAAUAAUGAGGCAAAUCGCCUCAGGGAGGGUGGUCGCCGCUUCUACGAUGGCAAGUAUAAGAGCCACUUCGAUAACCUCAUCGACUGCACCCAGACUUGGUUCAAGGCUCUCGCCGAGGAUCCUCUCAACCAGCGCUUUGGCGACGACUGGGCCCGUCUUACCCGCGAUCUUCUCUUCGACAGCGAGGGUAGCCUCAAGUGGAAGCCCGAGUUGUGGAUGGACAUACGCAAAGUCAUCAUACCGAGCCUCAUGGAUCAGGUCGGCUAUGUUCCCAUCCCGCGCGUCGAGUACACCGAUGAUGCCCUUGAUGUCGUCAUUGAAAAUCUCGCGUUCUCUGGUCGCAACCUGUUCCCGAAUAUCGUCUCGAUGGAGGCACACAACUUCAUCAAGUUCUCGCCGUACAACGCUAUCACCGACGAACGCCGCCAUGAGUUCACCCUCACGUUCGCGCAGAUUCAGGCCGACAUGAAGGAUGUCGCGUUCUACUUCCACAAGAAGACCGGCAUGCCUAAACUCCGCGACUCCGGUAUCGCGGACGUUCUUCUCGGUGGCCAUGGUAUGACCGUCACUGCACAUGUCCAUAGUGCGGAUAAGGACCCAAGCAGCGUCUUCCAUGUCAAGGACGUCGUUGUCAAGAUUGACACGCUGAAGUUCUCGAUUCGCGACUCGAAACACGAUCUGCUCUACAAGACACUUCGUCCGCUCGCAACCGGGCUCAUCAAGAAGCAGAUCCAGAAGGCCGUGGCCGACUCUGUCCGGACCGCGCUCGAGUACGUCGACGGACAGCUCGUUGGCGUGCGCGACCGCAUGCGCGAGGCCAAGGCGGACGAGAACAAGAGCCGGACGCAGGUGCUGCAGGAGAUGUUCCAGCGCAAGAAGGACGAGGCCGAGAGCGUCAAGAGUGGUGGGCAGGCCAAGAAGGAGGAGCGCAACGCGCAGUUCAAGAUCGUCAGCAAGCGCGACAGCGAGAUUCUCCAGGGCAAGGGGCACCCUGCUGGUUGGGUCAACCGCACCCAGGAGCGCGCUGAGGCUGCAACGCGCGGCGAAGACUGGAGGAGCGAGGCAUUCAACAUCGUCUAG